GUUAAACACGAUGGACAAAUUUAUUGAAAAAGUGCGAAAUAAAGAAUGUUUGUGGAAUCUGCGUCAUCCAGAUUAUCAUAAUAGAAACAAAAUCAGAAAAGCUUGGGAAGAAGUUGAGAAAGAAUGCGGUUUGGAAGCUGGCUCUGGUGCAAAAAAAUGGAAAAACUUGAAAGACACCUAUCGUAGAGAACUUCGUAAGGAAACUGUGGUUGCUUCAGGCAGCGCUGCAAUGCCGCAAUCAAAAUGGACACAUUUUAAGGAUAUGUGUUUUUUACAAGAUACUAUGGAAUCGCGCUCCAUGUCAGGUAACUUGAUCAAUGAAACAAGUUGUGAUGAAUUGGUGGAACUUGAUGAUGAAGAUAAAUCAGAAACUCCUGAAUCCAUAAAAUUGAUGCAGCCUACACCUAAAAAAUUAAAGAAAAAACUUACAGAAAGCUCAGCGUUUUUGGAGUUGGAGGAAAAGAAGCUUAAGCUUCUAGAAAAAAGCAACGAUGAGGAGGAUGAUGAUUACCAUUUUCUUAUGAGUUUCAAAAAGUACAUGAAAAAUAUGGGUGAAGAAAAAAAAUUAAAAUUUCGCAUAAAAAUGCAGGAGGUUCUGUACGACAUUAUGUACGGUAGAGAUAAUCAGGAAUCGGCUACGCCAGUUUCUAUUAUUAGUUAUGUAAGCAGCAGCCCAAAUAUUGAAACGCAGGAUUCAAACAGCUUCAUUUUUCCAAAUGCGCAAAAUUUUAAUUAA